GUCAUUCAAAUUUACUUUCUUCUUCUACUAUCGAAGCAAAGAAGUCUACUUUCUAAAAAAAUAUGCAAUAAAUGAUGUAACAACUACAGAGUAAAAUUGGAAAGUUUCGUAACAUGACAAUAUAAUUAUUAUUUCUAAUGAACGUUUCAUAUAUAUCUUAAAAAUAAUACUAUAUUAAAGCAAAAAUAAAUAAAAAUUGAUAAUCAGAAAAUUAGAGGUUAGUUUUUAAAAUUUAAAUAGAUUAUACAUAAAAAUCGAUUAUAUCAAUACGUUGUGUAAGUGAUUUAGCAUUUUUUGAAUUAUUACCUUUGGUUUUUACAUAAUUUUACACGAACAGCUCCAAAAUGAACGGUGAUCAUAAAAUUGUUCGUGUUGGUUCGCGCAAAAGUGAGUUAGCACUUGUUCAAACAAGAUACGUUAUAUCAUUACUGAAAGACUGUUUUCCUGAAAAGGAAUUCGAAAUAGUUUCUAUGAGCACUCUUGGUGAUAAAGUAUUAGAUAUUGCACUGCCGAAAAUUGGAGAAAAAUCUCUUUUCACCAAAGAACUAGAAACUGCUCUAGCCACUGGUUGUGUAGAUUUUGUAGUACAUUCUUUAAAAGAUCUCCCAACUACUUUACCAGAAGGGAUGGCUGUAGGUGCUGUGUUAACAAGGGAGGAUCCUAGAGACGCUCUCGUUCUUCAAAAAGAUCUGAAAGAUUACUCUCUUGAAACUUUACCGGAAAAAAGCGUUGUGGGUACGUCGAGUUUAAGAAGAACUGCCCAAUUAACAAAAAAAUUUCCCCAUCUAAUAGUAGAAAAUAUUAGGGGAAAUCUAAAUACCAGACUAAAAAAAUUGGACGAUUUAGGAAAAUAUCAAGCUAUAAUUUUAGCUGCUGCCGGACUUAAGAGGAUAGGAUGGGAGGAUCGAAUAUCUAAAAUUUUAGAUGAAGAAGAAUUAUUAUAUGCAGUGGGUCAAGGUGCCUUAGCUGUCGAAUGCAGAGCUGAUAAUGAGGAAAUAAUCAAUAUGCUUGAACCUCUGUAUGAUUUAGAGACCACUUUGAGGGUAACAGCCGAGAGAAGUUUUCUAAAAACUCUUGGUGGUGGAUGCAGUGCACCUGUAGCGGUAAGUUCUAUACUCAAAAUAACUAAUGACAAUGAAUUGGGAUUGUAUUUGAAAGGAGCAGUUUGGUCGUUAGAUGGUAAAGAAGAGGCCAUUGAAAGCGCCAAUACAAAUAUUAAUGUUAAGAAAGAUUUAAGAUGCUCCACAUGUCCUUAUAAAAAUAUCAAACCAAUAGGAGAUAUCGAGAAUCUAGAAUGUGGCAAAUGUCCUAAUAAUGGUGAACCUACUUCGAAGAAGAUAAAAUUGGAUGAUAUACCCACUGAACUUCUGAAAAACGACCCGCACGAAAAAUGCCCCAUUCAAUUACCCAUAGGAUCAGAUUUUAUGGGUAAAUGUCCUUAUUUAGAGAAUAAAUUAGCCGCUACGUACGGUCUCGAACCGACAGAGGUGGAAUAUUCCAAGUGCCCGUUUAUACAAGGAACGGUAUUGAACGCACCCGAAUUGAAUAAAUUGGAAUUGUCUAAUAUAGUGGAAGAUAAUAAUUUGAUUUGCGGUUUGGUAACUCACAAAAAAGCUACGUACGAAGGUAUGGUGUCUGCUAAAAAAUUGGGUGAGAAAGUUGCCAAUGUUUUAAUUAAAAAAGGUGCUUUGAAAAUUAUGACAAACGCUAAAAAUAUCAUACACAAUCAGCAGAAUGCUCCAGCAGUUGUUAGUUGAUAAUUGACUCUCUAAAUUAUAUCAUUGUUAUGUAGUUUUAAAAAUUAAGUUGGAAUUUAUGGUACCCUUGUUGAUAUUCCUAUUAUACAAACACUCGCAUUGUCUGGUCCUUCGAGCCGGGAAUGAACCAGCGACUCAUGGGAAGGUUGAAAUACCAGACAGUAUAAUUAUUGUGAGUAUUCUAGUGGUAUUUAAACGGUGUGUUCAUUUUGGAAAAUUGGAUUUUGUAAUAUUUUAAAAAUGUUCAAUAGUUAUUUUACAUUCCUUUUUUUAACGUAUACCAUUUUUUGAUAUAUAUACAGGUUUUUAAUAGGGACAAAAUAAUUAAAUUACUUGAGGGAAUUUGUUGAAUUUCGAAAAUUAUGAAAACAAUUUUGAGAUUAACUAACAGAUUAAACUUUGUUACAAAACGAUGUCUCAAAAAGUUAACGUCAAAAUUACUUUUUUUUUGUAUUCAAUACUCCAGUUAAAAAAGAUGAAAUUGAUUUAUCAAGUAAUUUGCGAAUUUAAUACUUUUUUAAUUACCCGACAAGUUACCUUGAAGUUCAAUUGUUUUUGUUCCAUAGUUUUAUCAUGACAUGAUUCAUUGUACACUGAGAAAACAAAAAAGGGAACGUUGCAAACUUUUUAGGAAAUAAAUUAUAUAUAAUUUGUUGGUUCUUGGAUAUUUCUAGAUGUUUAUUAAUAUUUAAUAAAAUUCGUUUUUUAACUCAAAA